AUGGAUAGAAAGUCUGCUAGAAUAAAAGCAGAGUUACAAAGAUAUGGUUGGAGAGUUUCGAAGAAUUUUAAAUAUAGGAAGGGAAGACCCAUAAAAGUCUAUGACAAAUUGUCUGGUCUUCGCUACGAAAUGGAUUUGGAAACAGCACGUGCCAAUUAUCCAAACAGACUAGAGAGGUUAGAAGAAGAACGUCUUAUGGACAUGCCUUUCGAUGUUAGUGAACCUCAAGUUGAAGGACACGACGGCUUUGCCAGAUUCUACUGGAAACAUGACGAACAAUUGCAUCCUUUGAGAAGGAAAAAAGGAAAAGGUGAAGACGCACAUGCUCCCAUGGAAAGAACAAGAUAUGCAUAUGAAAAGUAUCGUGAAGUUAGAAGUCAAAUUACAUCUGGUCGAACCUUUACAGUAAACUUUGACGAAGGAAAGAACAAAGAAGGCUUCAUGGGAGUACUUGCUGCAAUUCAAGACGGAAAUAAGAAAGGACACAAUCUCAGAUUGACCAUAACAGAUUUGGAUGGUCACAUUUACUAUGCACAUGGCAAUGAACAAACAGCCGCAAAACUUCUUGACGCUUUCAAGACUACAAAGAGAGAACAAAUGGUUGACUCCGACUCAGACAUUUUGAAUGCAAUUGAAGGAAUUGCAAGUGUCAAGUUCGAAUGGUACCAACCUAACCCUCAAGCAGUCAGACAACAUGCUGGAUACUUCCCCUUCAUAAAUAAGUCUGACAUUGACUUGACAAGGUAUGGAAUUUACAAUUCAAUUGAAACAAUUGUCAAUGAACCUUGCAUUCUUACAUGUCUCAGGAACUCUGGUCUUGUUACAGAUGAGAAGAUGAAGUAUCUUGAGUCAUGUGUGAAGACAAGGUACAUUCUCAGAGGUCAAUUGGCAAAAAUUGCACCGUUGGCAAAUGUCAAUAUCCGAGUCAACAUACCUACAGCUAAAG